UGGACAAAAGAAGCUAAGUGCAUCAUCAAUUUCAAUUACUGUCCCCUUCCCCCACUGCCCCCUCCUUCCACCCAAAAAAUAAAAUAAAAAAUAAACUCCUCCUCGCUUUUUACUCUCUCUCUCUCUCUCUUCUGGUUAACCCUCAAAUGUGAAUUUAUGAAAACCUUGCCACUUUUCCAAAUGAACAUUAGGACAUAGCUGUGUAAUUUCUGUUACAGUCCACUGAAAAGCUGCCAUUCCUUUUCAAGUUUCAGUUACCAAAAAAUAAUUACAUCCCUCAACUGAAUUGAAGUUUCAAUCUUUCAAUUAUAUCAAUCACAAAGUAGAAAAAAGAUACUUUGUCUACUAUAGUUGCUGCAUUUUUUGACUGCUCGCAAUGAAAGUCACUCCAGUGAAGCCUCACUUUUUCAAGCCAAUUCAACCAGGUUUCAAGCAGGGUCUGAAAAUUCCCGUAGGUUUCUUGAAGUAUCUGAAGGGAUAUAAGAAUGAAUACGCAAUACUAAGAAAGGAUGGUAAGAAGUGGCUGGUGAAGGUGAAGGGCCGUCGACUGCAAGAGGGUUGGGGGAAAUUUGUAGAGGAGCAGGGUCUGGAAUUGGGAAAUAUGUUGGUGUUCAGACAUGAAGGGAACAUGGAGUUUGAGGUUACCAUCUUUGAUUCGAGUCACUGUGACAGAGAAUAUGCAGAGUAUCUGGACGAAGAAGAAGCCAAUAAUGUUGAAUUCAAAGACAAACCAAAUGCAGAAGCUGCUACUCACAACGCUUGUGAUCAAUCUCAUUUUUCAUGCAUUGUUAGAGCCUAUUGCCUUAAAGGUUACUUGUGCAUUCCUACUCGAUUUGCAGCGGAAAACGGUCUCACCAACAAGAAUUGUGGUUUGAUUAUUAGAGAUGAAAGACAAAGGUCAUGGAAUUUAAGGCUAUAUACUUCCUGUUCUCGAGUCUAUAUUGGAGGUAGCUGGGGUGACUUUCGUGUUGCAAAUGACUUAAAGGUGGGAGAUCAUAUAAUGUUUGAGAUUGUUACUAAUGGAGAAAAACCAAUCUGGAAAUUUCAUGACAUUAGGACAAAGCCCUCAGACAUGAUUCCUCUCAAUGCACAAGUAUCUACUCCAGCUUCUGGUGAUGACGAUCUUCCUUAUUUUAUUUCAACCAUUAAACCUUAUUCCAUCAAGAAGUCAGUUUUGUAUCUUCCAGUGGAUUUUGCAAUUUCGAACGGGUUGAUAAAUAGAAAGUGUGAGAUGAUUCUGAAAGAUGAAGCAAAUAGAUCUUGGUCAGUAUGGCUAGGGAGAGAUGCACAUCAUUUUGGAAUUAUAAGUGGAUGGACAAAAUUCAGAGCAGCAAAUGGUCUCCAAGUAGGAGAUGUUUACAAGUUUGAACUCAUCACAAACGCGAAAUUACCAAUUGCGUACUUCCGCCGCAAAUAUUCUGGAGAGGAUGCAGAAAGAGAGGUCCAUUGAAGCAACUGGACUUUUGGUCCCUGGUUUUUAAUGUUACUUCGUUUUGUUUUAUUUGUCUCAGUUUGACUCAAAGCUUAAGAAUGUAAAAAAGACUUUAAAUUCUUGUGGUUUUAAACUAGUGCGAGUAAAUACCAAAAAUAUCUUUUGAA